UAUUUAUCUAUUUAUCCCAAAUUCAACCAGAUAAAUUACACGAGUUUUAUUCAAAACCCUCUCCCCUGCAACCCCACAAAAAAUCAGCUAAAUUCAGUAUGGCAACGCGUACAGUAUCUGGAUCUGCAGGUCUCGAGAUCGAUUCACGCAGCGGAUACUGCAACAGCAAUGGAAUUUACUACAGCAAGCGAAAGAAAGUAACCUUUCCGCAGGACGAAUAUCUGGACCUCCCGACCUUCAUCUCUUCACAGCCUCACACAAAUCACAUAGCUCUUGUUGACUCUGCCACAGGCAACAAAAUCUCCUAUUCUGAACUAUGGCACAGUGUGAGAUCCUUAGCUGCAGGCUUAUCACAAAUUGGUGUCAAAAAAGGUGAUACAAUUUUCAUCCUUUCACCAAAUUCAGUCCACUUUCCCAUCAUCUGCAUGGCGAUCAUGUCAAUUGGGGCAAUUGUUACCACAACAAACCCUCUAAACACUGCAAAAGAAAUAGCAAAGCAGGCAGCAGACUCCAACGCCAUGCUAGCCUUCGUCACACCAGAACUAACCAGAAAGAUGGAUGACAGCAAUCUGCCAUUAGUUCUGAUAUCUGCCCACCACUUUUUGUCUCUGUCAGAUAUCCAUCAGGUAAAAAAUCCCAAGAAUGUGUCCAUAAGGUUUUUAUCAGAGCUUAUGGCCUCAGACACCAACCAAAUGCCUGCAGUAAAAGUCCAUCAAGAUGACACUGCCACUCUGCUUUACUCUUCUGGCACUACUGGGCCUAGUAAAGGUGUGAUUAGUACCCACAGAAAUCUCAUAGCCAUGGUGUGCAUGGCACUGACGCGUUUCCAUUCUGUAAGGAAGGAUACCUUUCUGUGUACUGUGCCCAUGUUUCAUAUAUAUGGCCUUGCUCGAAUUGCAUGUGGGUUUCUUGCCUUGGGGUCUACUAUUGUUGUGUUGUCUAAAUUUGGGUUGGGUGAGAUGCUUGGGGCUAUUGACAAGUAUAAAGUGACCUUUUUGCCACUAGUGCCGGCAAUUUUAGUGGCCCUGACAAAGUCAGAGAUCCUCAACAAGUAUGACUUGGGGUCUCUGCGUACUGUCCAGUGUGGAGGAGCCGCCCUCAGCAAGGAGAUUAUCGAAGAAUUUAUUUCCAGUUUUCCUAAAAUUGUACUAUUGCAGAGUUAUGGGAUGACAGAAACAGCAGGAACGGGAGUAUCUGCAGACACCCUAGAGGAAAGCAGGCACUAUGGAUCGACCGGUAUGGUGUCCCCAAAUAUUGAAGCGAAGAUAGUGGAUCCGGAUUCUGGCAUUUCUCUUCCUAUAAACCAAAGAGGAGAGUUGUGGCUUCGUGGCCCAACAGUUAUGAAAGGAUAUUUUAGCAAUCCAGAAGCUACAAGUGCAGCUGUGGACAAAAAUGGCUGGCUACGUACAGGAGAUCUUUGUUAUAUUGACAGUGAAGGCUACGUCUUUGUAGUAGACAGGCUGAAAGAGCUGAUAAAAUAUAAAGGUUAUCAGGUUGCUCCUGUCGAAUUAGAAGCACUUCUAGUUUCUCAUCCUGAAAUUGCAGAUGCCGCAGUGAUACCGUUUCCAGACAAAGAAGCAGGCCAAGUUCCAAUGGCUUAUGUAGUUAGAAAACAAGGCAGCACACUCUCAGAAUUUAGUGUGAUUGACUUUGUUGCCAAACAGGUUGCACCCUACAAGAGAGUUCGAAGAGUGGCGUUUGUGAGUGGGAUUCCAAGAUCUACAGCAGGAAAGCUAUUGAGAAAGGAUCUGAUUAAACUCUCCACAUCAAGGUUUAAAACUUCUAAGAUAUAAGUGUAAGAUUUGGUGGUAAAACCACCUAAGAAUGUAGUGGAAAUGAAAACAAAACUAAAAAUAAAUAAAAUACAAUA